CCAGCCCCGAUGCUCCCCCAUAAAAGCAGCCCAGCAGCCGUGACUCUGGCAGGAGGCAGCUCUGCCCUGGUGCCAGCGGGCAGCCCUCCUGCAGCCCAGCAUGGUGAAGGAGCCCUCGCCAUGCCGGACAAGUGCUGCUUCAACUUCCAAGUGAGAAGGAUCAAGAGAGACAGCGUUGUCGCCUGCUACCCCACCAGUCCGGAGUGCCCACACCAGGCUGUGAUCUUCAGGGUGAGGAGUGGGAAGGAGAUCUGCACCGAGGCGAGCAGGGCAUGGGUGAAGACGUACCAGCAGAGCUUCCAAGUCAGAUCCUUCUCCGCCCCCACCUAGCGAGGUGGCAGAAGGCAGCACAGGGAGUUCCCUCCAUGGGAGGCAGGACACUGCAAAGGCAACUCCCUUGCAGAGGUGGCUGUAGGGGCACCACGUUUGGAUAUAGCAGCUCAUCAGAGAUGUCCUCCCCAUCAUGCUGUGAUGACCCUCACCACCUCCUUGAAGGGAAAGGGCAUUCCACCAGGAUGGGGUGUGCUGGCAUCCAGACCUGCUGCCCCACGUUCUCAGUCCUGCUUCGCACAGAGGCAGCUGCCUGUACCCCUUGCAGGCAGCAGAAGUGCAUCAGUGAGACUGCCCGGCAGUAGCAGACGGGCUAAGGGGGAGCAAGUCCACGGUUACCUUUUGUAAUGGGAAUUAAAUGUAUUAAACAUGAACUCAUGCGUACAAACACCGGGCUAUGCAAGUGUCUUGGGAGCAGGCAGAUCUUGCUGCUGGCUUUCCUACCCAGAUGUUGAAACACAUCUGUAAAUGUUGGGAUCAGUAUGGAGCCGGAGGAGCUAAAGUGCCAACUAUGUCUCUGCAAGGGUGUCUGGGGGGUGCAUGGGAAGCCACCAGUGAGGGGGCAAGAGGCAAGCAGAGCCUGUGAGAAAGGAACAUCCCAUGCUCCUCAUCAGCCAUCCUAAUGAGUGGAGAUCCCUGGCCCAAACGCUAUCAGAACUUGCCCUUGGGAGUGCCUGGUCAGGCCCCACUGACAGCCCACGCUCCCAGGAUGCCACGAGGAGAUGUGGUGGGCACAGUCGCUGUAAUGGGCAGCCAGCAAUGGGUCUCAGGGUGGGCUGGGGUAAGCCUGGCCACCACCAAGCCACUCACCCCGGUGCAAAAUGAGUGGCUUUUGAAAAUAAACUCGCCUGGGGCUUUCGCAAGAGUGAGCAUCAUCCUGUGUGGUUUGGUGGUGGCAACAACCAAACCCAAAAUAAACUGCCAGCACUGCUGCAUCACCAGCGGCACAGAGCUGCUGGCUGCUCACCACACUUUCCAGAAGCCUUUGGGUACCUCAGCGGCCAGAGGGGCCAGGAGAAGGAAUUUCCAUUCGCUGGUUGCCCUUUAUCAAUAUCUCUG